CACUGUGCCAGCAGCGGGUGCCCAUUGGCUACCAGGACUACUACUACGCGCUGAACCUGAGCAGCACCAUCCGCUGCAUCACCAACUGCACGGCCAACACGCCCAGCACCAUCGACUGCCACCAUGGCGAGUGCCGUGUCACCCGCGCCGGGCCACAGUGCUUCUGUCGGGAUGAAUCGCUCUACUGGUACACGGGCACGCGGUGCUCCGGGCGUGUCAGCAAGGUGGCCACAGGGCUGGGGGUGGUGGCCACGGUGCUGCUCGUCGCCUGCAUCACCCUUACUGUGCUGAUGGUGAUACGGAGGAAGAGCAGGAAGAGGAACACUUCGGCCACCGUUGAGGAGAACUGGUACGAGAACGAUGGCGAAACCUGGACGGCAUCCGACGGCUUUGUCCUCAAGAACAAAAACGCCACCGACUCAGGCGGCAGCUUGCAGAGCUUCACAGCCUCACUGGAACGGGUGAACACCGACAUCCCGAUGCAGAUCACCAGACCCUCGCUGCGACCCCAGUUGUGACCCAGGUCUUCGCUGGCCCCUCCUCACCUCAUUGCCCACCAGCACUACCAGGACCCUCUCAAUGAUGCUGAUCCCAAAGACUGUGUUGCCUCCUGCUCACCUUGGAUCCCAUCAGGACCUCCAGGAUCUUCUCAACGAUGCUGAUUCCAAGGAUAAUUUUGCCUUCUGCUCAUCUUGCUGCCCACCAGCACUUCCAGGACCUUCUCAAUGAUGCUGAUUCCAAGGACAUAGUUGCCUCCUGCUCACUUUGGUGCCCACCAGGACCUCCAGGACGUUCUCAGUGACGCUGCUUCCAAGGUCAUCGUUGGCUCCUGCUCACCAUGGUGCCCACGGAAGUAAUCUGGGAAGAAGCCGAUGGGGCUGGGAACAAUUUGGGAAGACUCGGCCAGGAGUAAAGUUGGGGAGACCCAACCAGGGAGACCCAGCCAUGGCUCAAAAUGCUCUUUGAAGGCCCAGCCAUGGCUGGAAGCAACCUGUAGGACCCUGGUGGAGCUGGAAGGGGCCCAGGACAGCCCAGCAGCGACUGGAAAUGGGCUUGGCAGGACUCAGGUGCGUUUGUUUGCUCAGCGAGGAGGAGGAAACACCUGUGUUUGCAGAUCCUGGCAGUGGGGGACAGGACUCCCGGCCAGCACCCACCCAUCCCACUUAGGGAUGGGCAAUCCCAAUAAAAAUUCUGUGCAUCCCAA